CGAUUCAAGAUGAAUAGUGACCAGGUUACCCUGGUUGGUCAAGUGUUUGAGUCAUAUGUUUUGGAAUACCAUAAGAAUGAUAUUAUUCUCAUCUUGAAGGAAAGAGAUGAAGGUGCCCAUUACCCAGUUGUGGUUAAUGCCAUGACCCUUUUUGAGACCAACAUGGAAAUUGGGGGAUAUUUCAAUGUGUUCCCCAAUGAAGUGCUAACUGUUUUCGAUAGCGCACUGCGACGAUCAGCCUUUACAAUUCUGCAGUCCCUUUCUCCCUCUCAGGAUGUCUCCAUGAAGCAAAACCUUCAUGCCAGGAUUUCAGGUUUGCCUGUCUGUCCUGAGCUGGUGAGGGAGCACAUCCCUAAAACCAAGGAUGUGGGACACUUUUUAUCUGUCACUGGGACAGUGAUUCGAACAAGUCUGGUGAAGGUCCUGGAGUUUGAGCGGGAUUACAUGUGUAACAAAUGCAAGCACGUAUUUGUGGUCAAGGCUGACUUCGAGCAGUAUUACAUUUUCUGCCGACCAUCCUCAUGUCCCAACUUGGAGAGCUGUGACUCCUCAAAAUUCACUUGCCUCUCAGGCUUGUCUUCAUCUCCAACCAGAUGUAGAGAUUAUCAGGAAAUCAAAAUUCAGGAGCAGGUUCGAAGGUUAUCUGUUGGAAGUAUUCCACGAUCUAUGAAAGUUAUCCUGGAAGACGACUUAGUAGAUAGUUGCAAAUCUGGAGAUGACCUCACCAUUUACGGAGUGGUAAUGCAACGGUGGAAGCCCUUUCAUCAAGAUGUGCGCUGCAAAGUGGAGAUAGUCCUGAAAGCCAAUUAUGUCCAAGUAAAUAAUGAGCAAUCCAAGGGGAUCAUCGUGGAUGAGGAAGUUCGAAAGGAAUUUGAAGAUUUUUGGGAAAACUAUAAAAGUGAUCCUUUCGCAGGAAGGAAUGAAAUAUUGGCCAGCCUGUGCCCUCAAAUAUUUGGGCUAUAUCUAGUAAAGCUUGCUGUGGCCAUGGUGCAGGCUGGUGGGAUUCAAAGAACUGAUGCUACAGGAACACGAGUUAGAGAUGAAUCUCAUCUCUUAUUGGUUGGUGAUCCCGGCACAGGGAAAUCUCAGUUUCUUAAAUACGCAGCAAAGAUUACACCCAGAUCUGUUCUCACCACAGGAAUUGGAUCUACAAGUGCAGGUAUCUUGUGUGAGAAUUUCAAGUAAAAUAGUAUUAUUACCACAGAAUCUAACACAAUGUUUUCUUCUUCUGAUAAAGUACCUAUAACUGGAUAAAUGCCAAGCUAAUUUUUGAGAGUUACUGCCCCAAACUGAAGGAAAUAUGCUGAAUUUUGU